UGUCCUGCUGCACUCCAGUCCGACAGGUGGCGAUAGUGCACUGAUAAUCUGUUUACAAGUAGCCUACGAUACACAAACAGGAAGUAGAAAUUCAGACGCUGUCCGGGCUGUUGUUGCCUCGCGCCUCAGUUGAGCAAGGCAGCUAUAGUAAUGGCGGAGGAGGAGGACGAGCCGGGCUUCGAGGAGGAGCUGGAGGACGGCUCCGGCGGGGUGGACGCCGCUGGCCACGGCAGGAGGAAAAGGCUCUUCUCUAAGGAACUCCGCUGCAUGAUGUACGGCUUCGGUGACGACCAGAACCCGUACACAGAGUCCGUGGACAUCCUGGAGGACCUGGUGAUCGAGUUCAUCACGGAGAUGACCCACAAAGCCAUGUCCAUCGGGCGGCAAGGCCGCGUCCAGGUGGAAGACAUAGUUUUUCUGAUCCGCAAAGAUCCCAGAAAAUUUGCCCGCGUCAAAGAUUUGCUGACCAUGAACGAGGAGCUGAAGAGAGCCCGGAAAGCUUUCGACGAAGCCAAUUAUGGCUCUUAAUACACACACACGUGGACACAUACUGCUGAUACAUCUGAUUACAAUAUUCGUUUAAUUAUAUAUAUAUACGUAAAUAUUGCAUGAGUCUGUUUUUUUUUAUUUUUUCAACUUGACUUCCUCUAUUUCUCAGUGGCUUAGUAUCAUAGAUCAAUACGCAAUGCCAAAAUCUCUCAUAUAUUUCAUAAGAUUGUCUGAAACAGUUUGAAUAAAGUAAAAUACUUGUUCUUUGUAUGUACUUUUAUAAAUGACCGAUCCACACAGUCAGUACUCUUAACACUGGCUCCCAAGACAGGAGUUGAUAGGAGCCAUGUUUAGGGUUCCAUUGAUGCCAAAAAUAUGUGUAUGUGAGGUCUGUGCUUAUUUCUCUAUGUGCUGCACAUUAUGGGGUAUGCUGACCUACAACAGUUCUAAAUGAAGACUCUUGCUCAUUUAUUAUUGCUGUAGGUCAGCAUGCCACAUUAGGUGUGGCACAUAUAUGAAAAUGCACACCUUAGACACAUGACUGUAUAUUUUGGUGCUAAUGUUGCAGGGCUUAAUAUGAUUCCCUGGAAAGAAAAAUGAAUACAAGAGUUCAAAUCUUUGCAGGCGACAAGAUCAAAACCACUUUUGGGAAUUUCUUCUUUUUUUUUUGAAGUUAUAUGGCCUGUUAUAGCUGGAGUAAAACAAAAUUCCAUCUUGAAUUCCUUUUUUUUUUUUUUUU